AUGGCAGAGAAGCGGAUUUCGCGCUGGUACUUCGGAGGAAUUGCGUCUUCUGGAGCUGCCUGUUGUACACACCCACUGGACCUGUUAAAGGUACUUUUGCAGACUCAGCAGGAGGUGAAGAUGAAGAUGACAGGCAUGGCUGUGCAUGUGGUGCGCAGUGAUGGUGUGCUGGCACUCUAUAGUGGGCUCAGUGCCUCCCUCUGCAGGCAGAUGUCUUACUCUAUGACUCGUUUUGCCAUUUACGAGACAGUACGAGAUAUGAUGGCCAGUGGAAACCAAGGUCCAAUGCCCUUCUAUCAGAAAGUCUUACUGGGUGCCUUUGGAGGACUCACUGGUGGCUUCAUUGGGACACCUGCAGACAUGGUCAAUGUUAGGAUGCAAAAUGAUGUGAAAUUGCCGCCGGAGCUCAGGAGAAACUAUGCUCACGCCCUUGAUGGUCUCUUCCGGGUCUGGAAGGAAGAGGGUCUGAAGAAGCUGUUCUCUGGAGCUACCAUGGCAUCCAGCAGAGGGGCUCUAGUGACUGUAGGACAGCUGUCCUGUUAUGACCAGGCCAAACAGCUGGUUUUGGGCACAGGUGUCAUGAAGGACAACAUUCUCACUCAUUUUUUGGCCAGUCUCAUUGCGGGUGGUUGUGCCACUGUUCUCUGCCAGCCUUUGGAUGUGUUAAAGACCAGACUGAUGAACUCCAAAGGGGAGUACGUGGGCCUGAUUCACUGCCUGACAGAUACUGCGAGAUUAGGACCUAUGGCUUUUUACAAGGGUCUCGUACCAGCCGGAAUACGCUUGAUCCCACAAACAGUGCUGACUUUCAUCUUCCUGGAGCAGCUUCGCUUGAACUUCGGAAUCAGGGUCAUCGCCUCAACAUGA